AUGUCUGGCGAUCCGCUGACGGGGCAAGAACCGGAUCGGGGCCCCUUGGUCCUCUUGGUCAUCUGGAUAUUGACGCCACUGGCACUCCUCACGGCUGUUUUACGAAUCGUCACUCGCGCACGCAAGCGCAGAUGUGGCUGGGAUGACAUCUUCAUGAUGCUAGCCAUGCUCUGCUUCCUCGGCUGGAGCACCACCUUGACCCUAUACGCAAAGCGUGGUGGUCUCAUGCAUAUCCAAGACGUCGCAAAGACGGGCCCGGACAACAUUGCGACGGUUCUUCUUCUCAACUGGUUGAGCCAGCCGUUUGGCAUCAUCGGUGUUGCCGCCGGCAAAAUCUCCGUCUCCGCCCUUCUGCUCAGCAUCAUCAGGAUGACCGAUCUGAAGUGGCAUCGGCGAUUUCUGUGGUCCAUUCCCAUCAUAUUGACUGCCGUCAUCGGAAUUGCAUGCUCCGUCCUGACCUUUGCCCAAUGUUCACCAGCCGCAGCGUUGUGGGAUAAGAGAUAUGUUAUUCUCCAUUUCGUUUUCGCCCUCAUUCUUCGUCCAAAGUACGUCUCGAAUGCCGGACAGCAGUCACUGACACCUCUCGCUUUCUAUCUAGCCUUCAACACCAUCGUUGACGCAUCCCUUGCCGUCGUGCCCGCCACCAUCUUCUGGAAUCUGAACAGCACAACGACGGAAAAGGCCCAGCUGAGCAUUGUGUUUGGCUUCAAUAUUCUGACAUCCGUCUGCUCCGGCAUAAAGACGCAAUACCUCAUCGAGCUCGCCAACCGCCAGGACCAGACGUGGGCUACCUACGACAUAUUUGUUUGGGUGACCGGCGAGCUCUUUCUCAUGAUCGUCUGCGGCUCUAUCCCAACCCUGCACCCAGUCUUCGGCUGGGUCCGCUCGACGGCCAGCAGCGUCAAGAGCAGGGUCACCUCCAGCUCGCCCCGGAGAGAUCGGACCGAGCAGACGACCGACGUGGAGAUGGGACGCAUGGCGCACAUGAGUGGCAACGGCACGACCAAGACGACAAUUGGCCGCAGCCGUAUCCUGGGCGAUGGGAGUGAGGAUCAUCUUGUCGAGGAGAAGACGUUGCCUGCGCACGGGGUGAGGGUUGAUGUCGCCUACGACGUUCGCACCGACAAGGUAUCGCGGUUCGAUUACUCGUAA